GGCAGUUUACAAGCCUACUGACGGUUCUUUCCCAUUUCUGGAGUAUGACAAAGAAAUAAUGCGCCGAUUGCUUUCCCAAAAUCUCGUUGAAGGAAGUACAUGGUAUCUGAUUGAUGUGAGUUGGAUGAAAAAAUGGAAGAAGUAUACUGGCUAUGAUAAAUGGGACCAAUCUGGGAAAUGGAAGUCAGAAAAUUUCCCUGGACUUGUGGUGACCAGCAGUCUGUUUGUAGAUUUGGAUACUGGUGUUUUAAAGGAACACCUAAUGGAGGAACUGGACUAUUCUCUGGUCCCAGAAAAGGCAUGGCGUCACCUAGUGUGGCGGUAUGGGUUGUCAGAUGGCUCCAGACCAAUAGCCAGGAGAGUAGUGAAGUAUGGGCUGUAUAUGAAGCACUGCAAGGUAGAAGUGUAUCUUCUCAAUAUCAAACUGACAUUACAUCCAAAGCUGUCUGAGGCAACAACUGUUGAAUUAAGCAGAGCUGACACUGUUGGUGAUUUGGGGGCUGUAAUGCGAAGGAUAUACUCUGUCUCUGACAAGACACCAUGCAGAGUGUGGCACCGAAACAUGUCACACCCUUAUGAGCUCCUAUCAGAUCCCUUUCAGACCUUGCAAGAUGCUGUUUUAUACAACAUGCAGACCAUUGUUGUUGAGGUUCAAGACAGUGAUGGGACAUGGCCUAGAGCCACGCAGAGGGCAGGAUAUGGAAGUGGCUCCCAAAGCAUGGAGAACACUACAAAGCAGGUGAAAGCUCCAAGAAAAGAAAAGGGCUCCAACAGCAAGCAAAGAACUUCAGCUAAAGCAAAGAAGGAUGGGAAAGUUGCUGAAACAAAUCCAGUGGCAAGACCCAGGGAUUUGAAAACAAACACUGGUGAUAAACUGGCCAUUAAAGAAACGACAGGGGAUGAAAUAUCACCAGAAGAGGAUGACUGGCUCAAAUCACAGCAGAAAAGCCAACAUGACGAGCUGGUGCAGAGUGUGGCUACUGAGCAUAAGAGAGCGAAUCAGGCCAGUCAGCGAGCACAAGAUGCCUUGAACCGACUAGCUCAGAAGGAAGGGCAACUUAAGACCUUAAACAAAACAUUAGAAGAAGGGACAUUGCAAAUCAAAGAGCUGGAUAAGAUGCUGAGGGACCAGGAACAAAAGAGGGAGGGAGAAAAAAGGAGAGCUGUAAUGGCAGAGCAAAGGGUGGCACAAUUGCAAACUCAGCUCCAACAGCUUAACCAGUCUCUCCAAACUGCAGAAGAGGAGAGAGAUGAAGCUCAGCAACAACACCAAAGCACCACACACCAACUGCAAGCGUCGCGCCAACAACUGCAAGACACUGAACAGCGUCUCCAGCAAGCCAACGAGAGGGCUGAGCAGCAACAAGAAAGAGCUGACGUCGCAGAAACACAGCUCCAGCAAGCCAAUGAGAGGGCCGAUCAGCAGGAACAAAGAGCCGCUAUCGCUGAAACACAGCUCCAGCAAGCCAAUGAGAGGGCCGACCAGCAGGAACAAAGAGCCGCUAUGGCUGAAACACGUCUCCAACACUCGGAUCAGAUGUUCCAGGACAUGUUCCACAGGUUGAUAGGUCAACUGCCUCAGAGCCAGCCGCAGUGGGUCGUCCAGAGAAAUGAGAUCGAGCUGACUGGGGAAGAGCUUGGUUCUGGUGGGUGGGCAACAGUUAGAAUAGGAACAUUUCGAGGGAAUCGAGUGGCAGCCAAGUGCCUCCAUCGGCAGAUAGUGUCUGCCCACAACGUGAGGAUCUUCACUCGGGAAAUGAAUAUGGCUGCCAAUGCCCGACACCCCAACCUCCUCCAGUUCAUUGGAGCCACUCUCGACAGCCAGGAGCCCAUCAUCUUGACGGAGCUGAUGCCCACCAGUCUUCGCCGGGUCAUGGAGGAAGGCACUAGGCUCUCCCACCCCCAGAUAUCCAGCAUUUCCCGCCAGGUAGCCCUCGCCCUCAACUACCUCCACCUCACACAGCCUGAGGCCAUCAUCCAUCGCGAUGUGAGCAGCUCAAAUGUUCUCUUGGAGCCAUUUAACUCUGGUUUUAAAGCCAAGCUCUCCGACUAUGGCUCUGCCAACUUUGUUCGCCACACCACCACAGUAGGCCCUGGAAACCCGACUUACGCUGCUCCUGAGGCCGGGAAUCCAGAGCAGCAGUCGACCAAAAUGGAUGUGUUCAGUUUCGGCGUCCUCCUUGUGGAGAUGUGUGCGGGGGAAUUGGCCCCCAGGGAGGUGAGGGAUCGUCUCCUUGCCUCCAUCCAGUGGCCUCCAAUGGUGGCUCUCAUUCGAAGCUGUCUUAGGCACAAGCUGCAGCAACGUCCAGACAUGGCUACCAUUAUUACCCAACUGGACCAACUCUAGAACAAGUUAGGUUUUUUAUUUUCUAGUUUUGUGAUUUUU